AUGGCAUGUGUUGUUUAUGGCAGAAGUAAAUGUGAUUCCCUUGUGAAGAUGGUUGCUGGAAGGAAUGAUGAUGCGCUUGCAGAGGAAUUGACCUUGUUGGCUGGUGCCAUUCCGCAAAUGAAUGUUGGUGAUCGAGAGCGUGAUGCUGAUGAGUUUCGUGCUUUGGGGAAGUUCCAGAGGAACAAUCUGCCAACUUUUGAAGGAGCUCAUGAACCUGACAAAGCUCAAGAAUGGUUGAAGAAGGUGCAGUUUGGCACUCAUGUGCUUGAGAAAGAAGCUAAGGAUUGGUGGGGCAACACUAUUCAGAGAUUUGAUGAGGAUGGCACUAAACAAGGUAAUGGUACCGUAGCUGAGUAUGCUGCAAAGUUUGAGGAGUUUAUCAAAUUUUGUCCCCAUUAUAAUACUGCUAAUGCUGAGAGAUCCAAGUGUCUUAAGUUUGUGAAUGGCUUGAGACCUGAUAUCAAGAAGGCAAUUGGUUACCAACAGAUUACGAGAUUUUCUGAGUUGGUUAACAAGAGUAGGAUCUAUGAUGAGGAUUGCCGUGAGAGUGCUUCUCAUUACAAGUCCUUGCAUAAUAAGAAAUGA